GAUGGACAACCGAUUCCCCUCGCCGGAACAGAGCGCCCACUCGGGAUACCAGCGAUCUACUGCCAAACGAGACCAGGUGGAAACUAGCUUCCCCGAGAGGACUCCGCACCCAGCAUAUGUACGGGCUUUCUCCAGGAGUGAUCGGGUUGAUGCAGGUAUUUCCUCAUUAGAAGAACAGAAACCAUACACGGGAUACCUAACCAGAAGUGAUCGGGUGCCUCUCAAGCUCAACUCAAUAGAAGAAUCAAGCUCUUGCGUCGGAUAUCACAAGACUUCCCUGGCUGAGAGAGGAUUCUCAACCAGGGGCAACUCCGCCACGCCAAACAAGGAUGUCUACCCCCAGACAGCUGACAAGCACGAGAAGACCGAGAGAGGAUUCCCGAAUCGGCCCACUUCCAACUCGCUGCACAAAGAUCUCCGGCAACAGGCGGCCAACAAGGACAGUAAGACUGACAGAGGAGUCUCGCUGAGGAGCAACGUGGACUCGCCCGGCAAAGAUGUCUACCCACAGACCACCACCAGGCUUGAGAAGACUGACAGAGGAUUCUCGAACAGACCCACUUUAAACUCUCCGAACAAGGAACUCUAUUCACCGACACCCGACAAGCCCAACAAGCCAGAUCUCCUGAAUUUCAAGAAGGGUUGGAUGUCCAUUCUUGGUGACUCUGGCGAGUGGAAGAAACACUGGUUUGUUCUGACGGACUCCAGCCUGCGGUAUUACCGAGACUCCACAGCAGAGGAGGCCAAUGACUUGGACGGAGAGAUUGACUUACGAAACUGCAGCAACGUCACUGAGCACCAGGUCCAGCGGAAUUAUGGCUUCCAGAUUCACACAAAGGAGAUGGAUUACACCCUGUCAGCCAUGACCUCUGGCAUCCGCAGGAACUGGAUCGAGGCUCUCAGGAAGAAUGUCCGUCCCAGCUCUUCGCCAGACGUGACAAAGAGGAACAGUUGGAUGAAACCUCCACCUUCUAAAGCCAGUUUAACAGAUAGCAAUAAAGAGAACACCUUCUGCGAUGCCAUUGCCAGAAGGACUGCGGUGAGGCAGGAGGCGACGGCUGCAGACAGGACGUGGGCGGACGUGCAGAGGGGGAGUCGCAGGACAGACGCCCACCUGCAUCAGCCGCCGUCGCAGGACUGCGUGGAGCUGGCGCCCGUGCAGCAGCAGCUGCUGCAGUCGUUGCGCGCGCCGGAUUCGGCGCCGGCCCGCGUCCAGGAGUCGGCGUGGACUCGCAGCCCGGACUCGCAGCUGCGCGGGCAGGGCUGCACCAAGGGGGAGGAGCUGAAGCAGGAGCAGGUGCAGCGGCUGUCCGAGCGCAGCAAGUGGUUCGAGGCAGGGGUGCCGAGCGAGAGCCCGAGGGGGGAGGCGGACUGGAGCUUCGUGCCCGUCCAAAUCCCCCAGCCCCUCGGCAAGGACAUCGAGGUGAAGUGGCAGGAACUGGAGUGCAUCCCACUGCGCGACCACAAGCAGGUCCCCCUCCUGUGCUUACGGCCUUCCCAAACCAACGCAGGCACUGCCGGGACCACGGAGCGGCUGAAGAAGGAGAUCCAAUCCCUGAACGCACAGCUGGACGAGGCCAGGAAAGAGCUGGAAUCUUUCCGGGGGCAAACCGGGCGGCUGCAGGGACAGCUGUGCGCAUCCGAGGACCAAAGGAAGGCGGCUCCCAAAGGCUACGUCUCUCAGGCUACCUGCGAGCGCAGCUUCAAGGAGAUGGAGGAAUCGCACCGCAAGGCGAUGGAGGAGCAGCUGCGGCAACACAAGCGGGAGCUGGAGAGGAUGCAGCAGGACAAAGACCGGCUGCUGUCUGAGGAGACCAGCGCCACCAUUGCUGCCAUUGAAGCAGUGAAGAAGGCACAUCGAGAAGAACUGGAGAAGGAGACGGAUAAACUGCGCUCGAAGCGAAGCAUCGUGGCCAACAGCGACCUGGAGAGGCUGAACAAGCAGCACCAGGACGAGCUGCUGUCGCUGCAGGAGGAGCUGCAGGUCCUGUCGGAGCAGUACUCCCGCAAGUGCCUGGAGAUCGACUGCCAGGUGAAGGAGACGCAGCUGAGGGAGAAGGACCUGUGCCGGAGCCAGCGUGAGAACAAGGAGCUGCUGCGGCAGAACCAGGAGCUGAACGGCCAGUUGUCGGACGAAAUAGCACGAAUACGCGAUCUGGUGACAAGGAAGAGCCAGGAUCACACGGCCAACCUAUCUGUCACAGGUGACAGAGGCAGCUGUGAACUGGAGAUGUUGCUACGGGUGAAGGAGAAUGAAGUGCAGAAUAUGCGGAAGGAGACCGAGUGCCUACGCGACGAGCUUCAGACCAUGCAGUGGGAUAAGAAGUACGCCACAGACAGGUACAACGACAUCUUCGUAGAACUAAGCGUCAUGAAGGUCAAAACGGAACGGGAGCUGAGCCAGGUGAAGGAACAGCUAAAGCUGGCGUUGUCAGCGCUGAAAGAGAAAGAGUCUUUGCAGAACAGCAUCGCUAAAUGAUGACCCUGGCCUGUCCUGGCCACAGAGGAACAGACGCGACCAGCGAGCCUACAGUCGCGGCCGCAGCGCGGAGUUCCACUCCGACGAGGACCCGCCGGGACCGCCCGCUCCGUGCCUUCUUCCUUUUCCUUAUUUUUUUAAUCACGUCUCCCAAUGUGGAUCACACUGCUGUGAAAUUAAAACUGAAUAUAUAUAUAUGUAUACACACA